AAUCGUGGUUCGAUUCAUGAAUCGUUGAUGAAUUGGAUGCCAUCUUAGCAACGAUCCACAACCCUGGACCCAGACUAAGAAGCUCAUUGCAGCCCCUGGAAAAGGAACUCUGGUUUGCGCUGUCCUGCAUGAGCCAUCCUGCCACUACUAUAAAUUUGAGUCUGAUUUUGAAAAUUUCCCAGCAGGUAACGGGGCUGUUGAUGUGUCAGCAGGUCAAAGAAGUUUACCUAAGUCCCUUCUUUAAAUAAUAUUUUUCAAACCAAUAUUUUAGCUCAUUUAACUCAUUUUCUACCUUUUCUUUCCUCCAAAGAUCAUUACUAAUUUUUGUAGAGGCCAAUACUGAUUUAACAAAAAUGAUGGAGUGACUUCUUUAUUUCCAGUUUGUGUUCUUCAUGACAUCAACAAGUUAAACCCCCGGCGUUGGUGGAUAAUCUUUGUAUGCUUCUGUCUUUCUAAAAAUAUAACGGCUGGUGCUCUGACGUGCAUGAGGGAAGCCUGAUGCCUCAGGAGGAGCGGGAUGCUGGCAGCUGUCCUCAGCCUGACUCCUCUAGCAGCUCCUGGCCCGCUCGGUGAUGCUGCACGCGCGCCUCCUCUCUCUCUGCCGCGGAUCAGGACGCGGAGCUCCUCCUCGAAGGCUGUUGCUCCUGUUUAUCUGAUUACCGCGAUACAAGAGCUGCGUCUCCUUAAAGCGACACCCGGUGGAUCUAAUUAGUCCUUCCUGCAGGACAGCAGAGAGGACAGCCGGCGGGAUGCAGAUGAGCGCGCGAGGGCUGCAGCAUCCAUCUUGUCUGCGCGCAUCUCCACGCCUUUGGGUUAUGAAGCGGACCGUAAUCUGAGCCGGUGAGCCUGCAGGAAACCCCUCGAAGACCCCCUCCUCCUCCUCCCCCCCUCCUCCAUCAUGGAUGCGGAGACUGUCAGUAUUUGCUCCUCUCGAGUGUCUCACUGCGCAGCUGCACCGUCUCUGUCACGAUGCCGGUGAAAUCCGCCGCAGAGGCUCGACCUCCGGUUCAAAGAGGUUUGAAUGAGCUCCUGUCCCGUUAAAAGGCGUCAAUAAACCGGCGCGUCCGCCUGCGCGCCUCCCGCGGAUGCGGUGCGCCCCCGCGCUCGCUCUUCUCUCCUCCCGGCCGCUCCCUCUUCCUCUCCCGCGGGGGGGCCGCUGCCCGCAGCGCUGCAGGAUGCUGCGGUACACCAGCACGUUCGGACUCAUCAUAUUCAGCGUGGCGCUUCUCAUCCUGUCCUUCAUCAGCUUCGUGUCCAUCAAGAAAGACGUCAACCCCAGAUAUGGACCCAAUGGAGGACCGAGGAUGUACAUGUUCCACGCGGGCUUUCGCUCCCAGGUGGCGAUGAAGUAUCUGGAUCCAGCUUUCACUUCACUGAGCAGCGCUAUUAAUGAGGACCUGAAGAACUCCUCAAAAUGGAAGUACAACAGCACUGCUUUUAUACAGCUGAGGACAGAGAUCUCUCAUCACAUCGACAUCCCCCACAACUUCACUCUGACUCGAGACUCAGUCAAAGUCGGACAGCUGAUGCACUUUGACUACUCCAGUCACAAAUACGUGUACUCCAUUGGGGAGAACUUCCGCUCACUGCUGCCGGAGGUCUCGCCGAUCCUCAACAAGCACUACAAUGUCUGUGCUGUGGUCGGCAACAGUGGCAUUCUCACCGGCUCCCUCUGCGGGGCCCAGAUUGAAAAAUAUGACUUUGUCUUCCGCUGCAAUUUCGCUCCCACAGAGAUUUUUAAGAAGGAUGUUGGUCGCCGAACCAACAUGACAACAUUUAACCCCAGCAUCCUGGAGAAGUACUACAAUAAUUUGUUGACUGUUCAGGAUAGGAACAACUUCUUCCUGAGCUUGAAGAAACUGGAUGGAGCCAUUCUUUGGAUUCCAGCAUUUUUCUUCCACACGUCGGCCACAGUGACAAGAACGCUGGUGGACUUCUUUGUGGAACAUCGAGGACAGCUGAAGGUCCAGCUAGCUUGGCCUGGAAACAUCAUGCAGUACAUUAACAACUACUGGAAAACCAAGCAGCUGUCGCCAAAGCGCCUGAGCACCGGCAUCCUGAUGUACACUCUGGCCUCUUCCAUGUGUGACCAAAUCCACCUGUACGGCUUCUGGCCCUUUGGCUGGGACCCCAACACGGGUAAGGAGCUGCCAUAUCACUACUAUGACAGGAAGGGGACCAAAUUUACCACCAAAUGGCAGGAGUCCCAUCAGCUGCCGGCAGAGUUCAAACUCCUCCACAAGAUGCACACAGAAGGACUGCUGAAACUCACCCUUUCACAUUGUGCUUAAAGCCGCCGCCACUGCAGUGCUCAGUCAAAUGACCAUCCAGCGCUUCCAAAGGCUGAGCAACAGGAACACAAGGGAAGGAACAGGUUUAGAAAACGGUCACUUAAGACCAUGAAGCUGUUGUUGGUGAAGUUCACAUCUAUAGUCACAAUGUAAAUCAGCCCAAGAAUUUCUAAGCUAAACAAGCCUUCUGUUUGUACUGAUAAUAACUGAUCAGCAACUUUCUCAUCCAAGCCUUAUCUACGACUUUGGUUUGUAUCAUUUUGUGUCCAAUUGUUGGUCAGAUUCACACAUAAAGCUUGUUCAAGGACUGAACAGGUAGCCUUCUGCUGUGUUUUUACCAUGUAAAGGGGGUAACCUUUAAACCCAUUCAUUUUCUACACCCGCUUUGUCCCUUUUGGAGUCACAAUGGGUUUCCGGAGCCUAACCUGACCAGACCUUUAAACCUUUAACAUCUUUUAGUUUAAUACUUUUGUGCUUGACAUUCUUGUGGUUAUAAGCAGUUUGGCAGCUACUAGAGAUGACUUGAUGUGUUAAGCUGUAAGUAUUUCCUAAGCCUUAAGUUUAUGUUCAUCACCUCCAAACCUCAUGAGCAAUGAUUUUCUUCUUCAGUCUCAAAAAUACCAGAGAAUAUGUAAGGCCGAAUUCACUUCCUACCACUCCAGCCCCUUCCUGUUGCCCAAAUCGGGGGGGGGUCGCGGGCGGGAUUCGGAGAUGUAGAGGCGUCUGAAAGGGUUUUUUCAAGGAGGAUCCGUAGUGACAGGGUUGUGUAUCCCUCCGCCACAACAGUUGUGGGGCGGAGGACAAGUGCAUGUCUUCAUGUGGGUGUGCUUGGAAGCACAGACAUAUACAUUAAUAAUGUAAGUAAUGACUUUUUGUUUUAUUUUGUAUUUUCCAAUCACUGGCAGCAACUAUUCACGAUAGUAACAUCCAGAUUUGAAGACACUAUUCUCCAUAUCGCUUUGCCUGGAAGGCUAAGGUUAGGGAGAAGCUGUAAGGGUAGGAAAGCAGUUCGGAUUCAGCCUUAGUCUUACCAAAAACAAAAAUCGGAAACCUCUGAAUGCUUUAUUAUCUUUGCUUAGAGAAGACGAAUGGAAGUUACAGCCGAGGGCUCUAGAAACAGGCCUUUCUUAAUGAUAUCAAACUCUUUUAGAGUGAUCUGCUCCUGCCCCUGCUCAUACCUGGUCUUGUUUGAUUGGUUACAUUUUGUUUAGAGGUGGAACUAAACUUUCUCUUUGUUCAUAGUAACACGGAGAGGUGGGGGAUAGGUGUAAACAUGCGCAAUUAACCUCCGAUGAAGCCCUAUAAAGUGAAGUUUCAUGUAACGCAGAACCUUGCUUCCACUGUUUCAAACACUCUUCAGUUUUCCCAGCAGACUUUGGUUUCUGCACUGAUAAAGAACUGUGGGGAAUCUUCAUUCUGAGAUUGCUUUUGUAACAGCUCAGUCUUGACACAGGCUGGUUCAGGGGAUUCUCUGCAUUGUCUUCAUGUUUGACAGCUGCCUUUCAUUCUCUGCCCAGCAUACUGUAAAAGUGAUGGUCAGACACGCUCACACUACACAAGCAGCACACUACAAAAGUCAAAAGUCUCUUUCACAUACAGAGGUUCAAUAGCUUGACUGUAUCAGUGUAACAGAGAAAAACUCAAGUUACAUACAAAACAAUGCAAUGUAAAAUAAUGAUCAAAAAUACCUCACUGCGUUUCCAACAACCAUGAAAUUGCAUUAAUUGGAUUUGUGAUAAAAAAAAUGUGCUUAGCUUAAUGGAAACACCAACAUUUUAAAAGUUCACAUUUAUUGAAAGAAGUUGGAGGAGGUGAUUUUUGAGGGAUAUUGAAAUGGACAUAUUUCACAAAACUUCAAUGGAAACAGGGUUAGGUUGGUAGGAAGUGGCUGCCCUGAGACCUGCCCAGCGGGCGCUACAAGAGGUCCCACAGCAUCACAGCUCAUCAUAAGUUGAGUGUGGCAUGCAGAAUUAUUACAUCCUCAGUAAAAUCAACCAAGAUGCCCUAAAAUCUCUUCAUCCAUCGCCGCUCCCACAGAGCUUGCUGCUGAUGUGAACGGACGCUGACCUCUCCCUUGAUAGAUGAUGAUGAGUGCUGGUGCUGUGGCAGGAAUUUGAAUGCAUCUUAUCGUGAUAUCAAACAGAGAAAAGGGUCUAACUGUUUACUUAUUAGAAUGUUUAUUUUCUACUACUGCUGAACAAGCUUCUCACAUGUCUGCGUCUGGCUCAUUGACAAAUCAUAUAGAGACUGUCAAUGGUAUAGCUGGUGGCACCCACUCAGCACUGCUGUGAUGUCCUCCAAAUGCUCCUUUGUUCCUUAACAGAAUCAACUUAAAAGAAUCCCAAUUCUCAUUCGGGGCUGUGGUUUUAAAUGACUUAUCGCACUUGUGUUUAUUUGCAUAAUUAGGAUUUAUUGAUAACAGUAAAAUUAUGUUUUUUUUAACAUUUCUAGAAUUUCCAUGAAGUUUUGCACAUAUGUGUAAUGUAAACACAGCUAAUGCAACACUGGUACUAAAAAAAAUAAUAACAUGAAGCUUUCCACUCUGUGACGUACCUCUGACCUCUCUAUGCCACAACGAUCCAGGUCGUUCAUGGUUCGAUACAAACCUCGACAUGAGUGUCACAGUUCCAUAUAUAUUGAGCAAGAAAAAUUAACCCUGAAAUUCUACUAUUACACUGAUGUAAAUUUAUUUUGCAUAAAUACCAUAACGAACAUUCUAUUCUAUUUGCCGGAACAACCAUUCAUGCUCUGAUUCCUUUUUAUAAACGUGUUCUUGAUAAUCUGCAUUUUUAUUCAUGAUAUUUUUCUCCAGUGCAACUAGUUCAAGUCUUAAACUGACCAAUCAGAUGCCUCGAUAAAUGUAGGUGGUCUCACAUCCAGCGUUUGAAGCUUUAGAUUCUCCAGAGCCUGUUCUCAAGUGGAAGGGGUGUGGCCUUCUAACAUGCUCACUCCUAAAAAGUGAGAGUGGUUGCCGUAGAAAUGUUGACUCAGACUGACUCGGACCAAUCACUGCUUACUGAUAAUUUCUGGUUUGAACAUGGGGACGUCCUUAUUGCGGAAAAAUGGCGACUGAACUGACUUCAUUUAAAGUAUCAUCUCUGGAAGAGGUUCAGCUGGUCUUUACUGUAAUAAACGGAAUAAUUGUAGAAACUGCUAUUUUAGCACCAUCAACAUGUAUGACAUUUGAUCAAGGUAUGAUCCUACCUGAUUCCACCAGAACAUGUGGGCUGCAGCGUAAAUCCCUGAAGAAAGCUCUGCAUGAAUGCUAAUGAUGGUUUACUGCUGCUGCAGCCAGAAUGAUCCUCUGUGUGGUUGCACUUCGUUUUGUUGGUUUUAAAUGCUGGCGGCUUGUCGCGUCCAUCCAUUUAUCUCCAUUUGUGUUCUGCUGAUAUGAAGAGAUAUUAAGAUAACGGAGAGGCUUUUAGGAUGAUGAGAUGGGGGGGGGGCAGCUAAAGUAUGAUAACAACUCAAAAAGAUUCUGUGUGGUCCUUUUUGAUCAUUUUGCAAAUUUAAAUUACGAUUUUGGGUAUUCAUUUGUGGUCAGUUUCAGUCAUGGUUCAUUUUAGAGUGUAAAACAAACCAUUUACUUUGUUGUAUAAUAAAACUCAACCUCUAGAUUAUUGUUUUAAGGAUGUGAUUACAGAAGGAAGAACAAGCUGCUGUUGUAUACCCUGCACAUCCAUCCAUCCAUUUGUCCGUCCGUCCAUCCGUCCGUCCGUCCAUCCGUCCGUCCGUCCAUCCAUCCAUCCUCCACACCCUUUCUUUCCACCAGACUGUAUGCAGAACGCUCUACCUCCUGCACUGAAGCUGAAUGUUGGCUUUUGAUGGACUGGAUUAAAUUUACAACCCAAACAAUUCAGAAAGGUGGGACUCCUCUGCCCAAUCCUGUGGGUAAAUGUAAAGUGGACAGGAGGAAACCAACGACAGAGUCUCGAACACAAUGGAUUUAUGAUUAAAUUCAUCAGAAGUAGAGGGAAAAUGAAUUAAAUUGCAGCAUUCUAGGUGUCUCAUUUCCAGCAAAGAGAAAGCAAAACAAGACAACUUCUGGAUAUUUCUGCAGCUAAAAUGCAUCCAUGUACUUGUAACGUGUAGUGGGCUCUCUUACAUCAUUCCACAAUGCAAAACAUUAAAUAUUUCAAUGAAAAGAAAAAAUAACGAAUAAAUCACUGCUUUUGUUUUUUUUGAAUUUACCUAUAAAGUUGUGAGAAAAUGUUCUGGGGGUGUAUACAUCAGACCCUGUUUCUGUGAAACCGUGUCAAUGCACAAAGAUGUCAUUUGGGUUUGCAGAUGAAGCCAUCCUCUGUGUCUGGAUGGUUGUAAAGACACAGCUGUGUGAUCCUGUGUUUCAGUUCAGUUCAUCCAAAUGGGAUCUGCCGGUUGGUCCUCGGACUGAGACAAGUGUGAGAAUAUGUAAAUGAAAAAUGUCCUUAAAAGUGGAAUAAUAAAGACGUCCUAAAUAUUCAUAAAGCAAGUUUCUUCAAAAGUAAUCAGGGAGGGUCUCAAAUCUAUCUACUAUAAUUCUCAAAAGUCAGAACAUGAGACAGACGGGACACAAACUUCUGUCAGAGCCAUUGCUACAGUGCAAUACCAAGUUUGUGGUUUUCAGGUGACUGUUUCUGAUGCUUGUUUUCCACUGAUUCAGUUGUUCAUACAUAUUGUCUGUAUUCAGACAUGGAAGUGUGAGUGCUUGUUCUGACUGUCUAAUAUAUUAAUCAUGUUUUUCUUACAUAGAAGGUAGUCACUGUAUCUGUUUGUUCUAAGAAGUGCUGGAAUGUUAGACAACAGAAAUGUGAUGCCGGGUUCACACCACACGCGGAAGUGCCACAAAGAGCGGAGUGAGCGCAGAAUCCGCUUCACCUCCAGUUCUCACAAGACACAUAUUUUUUGGUGAGCUGUGGUUAUUUUGAGUUUCUACCAAUAAUUUGACAUCGUCCAUCUUGACUUGUCACAAACUGCUCUCUGCCUCUCUCAUUGAUUUUGUUUUUAGACAUCCAAAACCACCCCCGCUCUGUAGUUGCCCCACUAGCUACAGUUGUCACAAAAACUUAGACAACUCAAGAUGGUUGUAUGAAACUUUUUUACGAAGAAGCAGCAGGAAUCUCUCAGGAGGGGAGCGCAGUUGAAGAGCACACUAGCCCGUCCACUACACACACACAUACAGGCAGGCGCACUCACAGUGAGCCUGCAGGGAGAAAUGGUAUCAGCUGACUCAGGAGCAGCUAGAAAAUAUCCUGAUAAUCACAGAGGAUAAUUAUCAUCCAGAGCAGGUGUUUGCUAUGGAUGAAACCGGCAUAUUCUGGAUAAAGAUGUCCUCUCGCACUUAACUGAUGAAGGAGGAAGCACACAACUUUUUAAGGACAGAGACAGAGUGACAGUCCUCAUGAAAAGUUCCAGAUUAAAAAAAACAGCUUUGCAGUGCUUCUGCGUGUGGUGUGAAUCCGGCAUGAGAAGAUGAAUUUAGCUCCGUAAUACACUUUAUUUUUUAAGUGCAUUUCAAAACAUUAUAACUCUAAGAUAUGAAAUGUCUGGUUCAGAUUUUGACAGAAAGAUUGUUGAUGUGUAGAAGAACCUCUGAACUUAAAUGAAAUGUUCUCUUUGAGAAAAUGACCAGCAGAUUUUAUUGAUGGAGAUCUAGUUUUUUAUUUUAUUUUUUUUCCAUCAGUAUCAAUAUGGGUUUUGAAAGGCUGUAAGUUCUGAAUUUAGACAUAUUUUAAAAUAUUGUGUAUACAAAUACAAAAGCUUCAUUUAUCAAGUACUUGACAUAAAGCAAAUCUGUGCUAUAUUUAAUUAUUCAUUUAUUAAAAGGAUUCAAGCAUCAGA